AUGCACAGAACUUACUCGUUAAGAAACUCCAGAGCCCCUACGGCCUCUCAAUUGCAAAACCCACCUCCACCACCAUCUACCACCAAGGGUAGAUUCUUCGGGAAGGGUGGUCUAGCCUACAGCUUCAGGAGAAGCGCUGCCGGGGCCUUUGGCCCGGAAUUAUCCAGGAAGCUAUCCCAAUUGGUCAAGAUUGAAAAGAACGUUUUGAGAUCCAUGGAGCUGACUGCCAAUGAAAGACGUGACGCCGCUAAGCAAUUGUCCAUCUGGGGGUUGGAAAACGACGAUGACGUUUCCGACAUCACCGACAAGUUGGGUGUUCUGAUCUACGAAGUCAGUGAAUUGGACGACCAAUUCAUCGACCGUUACGACCAAUACAGACUAACCUUGAAGUCUGUCAGAGAUAUCGAAGGCUCUGUACAACCAUCUAGAGACCGUAAGGAUAAGAUCACCGACAAAAUCGCCUAUUUGAAGUACAAGGAUCCUCAAUCCCCUAAGAUUGAAGUUUUGGAACAAGAAUUGGUCCGUGCCGAAGCCGAAUCCUUGGUCGCUGAAGCCCAAUUAUCUAACAUCACAAGAUCCAAGUUGAGAGCCGCUUUCAACUACCAGUUUGAUUCCAUCAUCGAACACUCCGAAAAAAUCGCUUUGAUCGCUGGUUACGGUAAAGCUUUAUUGGAACUAUUGGACGAUUCUCCAGUCACUCCAGGUGAAACCAGACCUGCCUACGACGGCUACGAAGCAUCAAAGCAAAUUAUCAUCGAUGCUGAAAGUGCAUUAAACGAAUGGACUCUAGAUUCCGCCCAAGUCAAGCCCACUCUAAGUUUCAAGCAGGAUUAUGAAGACUUCGAACCUGAGGAAGAUGAAGAAGAGGAAGAUGGCCAAGGCAGAUGGUCCGAAGACGAACAAGAAGACGGACAGAUCGAAGAGCCUGAACAAGAAGACGACGACGUAGUUGAAGAACACGAACAUGCCGAUCAUCAACACGAAUCUCUUCCCGAGCACACCACUGCUUAA